AUGCCGUUGAUCGAAGAACUCCCCGUUACCGCGACAAUCCGCCCCUCGCAUGGGUGGACAUAUGUGCCGGAUACUGGCGCGCCAAUUCCCGCGGUGCAACUGAGCUCACGCAAACGUGGUCGCGAUGGAGCAACCAUUGCCAGAAGCGUGGCGCAGGCUUCAAAGCAAGAGAAAGCCACCCAACAGAGACUACAUGAUCUGAGCAAAGAAAACUACCGCGAAGCCCACAUUCCGAUUCCGAAGCGCGAUGGCACCAGGGGCAAGGAGAGGAAAAUGGAACCGAACGUGAAGAGGAUUCUCGCCUACCAGCGGAACUUUCAACACUACCUGGCGAAUGAGGAAGCGGGUGUCAAUGUCUAUGGAAGUGCUGGCAUCCUGCCUCCCUCAGCUACUCGUGUCAGCACCCAAGCUACGCAAAGUCCGCAGAGACCAACGGCAGAUUCGAGGAGGCGCAGUGCUGUCAAGAACGCUAUAUUAACACCAGCGUCGAAGGGAGGAGCCAGACGUACGAGCUCAUUGAGACAUUCCAAGACCGCACCCGUGAAGAGCGAGGAAGCAACCGACGCCAGCAAAGUUGAUGUCGAGAUGACAGAUGCUUCUUCCCACCACCAACACUCCCUGCCCUCUUCCCCCCCCACAUCUCAACAAUCACCCUCGUCUCGGCAAAAGCAACAGGCACAGCCUUCUUCGUCUUCUUCCGCACCUCAAAAUCCCACACCCGCAUACGAUCCUGCGCUAGACCGCGAUCCUCUCCUUCGCACAUUAGGCUUGCCCAAAAUGCCUUCCGAGCGGGUCAUGCAAGCUCUUCUUGCCGAGCCGCCGCUGAGUUAUACAGCAGCUCGUGCGAAGCCUCUCGAUGGUCCGCCCGAUCAGAACGGAACUGGAACCGCCUUUGCGAUGCGGACGGGUAACAGCACGCUCAUGGCGAAACCGGAGCGCAGGUUCUGCGCCUCAUGGCCCCGAAGUCCGAGCGACUCAUUGAAAUGGCUCUACGGUGCGCUACGACGGAGAAGUGCUAUGAAGGUGAGUCUUUUGGAACGAGCUUGUCUCACCAUUCGGCCGGCUGAGAGAUGGUCCUGGGUCGAAGGCGACGAUAGUAAGAGCAGAUGA